GCAUAGUCGGCUGCGUGUUUUCGCCUAAACUCCUCCGGUGAGUUUUACACUCUGGUUACUGGUAAACAUGUGACUCCCUUAACCGCGAUACCAGUUUUAUAAUUCAAUUAAAAUUAAAUUAGUUGCGUUACUUAAUGUGAAGACGAAUUUUCAAAUUAUUUCUCUACACUGUAAAUUCUUCUAGAAAUAUUAAUGAAAAUAUCAUGAAAAAUUAGCAAGCUUUUACUCUCAAUGUAGUAUGUUUUGAUAGCACCGGCAUUGAAGGCUAAAUACUCACUUUUAGAUGUAUGUUUGAUUCGUUAAAAAUAUUAUGACUGAUGACUAGAGCCUGUCCAUGACUUACUAAAUGUCCGCUGCGCAAGAUUAAUAUGCUUAAUAAAUUAUAAGUUUAUUGAGGUUUUGCACCAUUUGAAACAUGAGCUGCAGCGAAAAAACAUUCGAUCCAAAUCAGCAAAUAAUCAAUGAACCCGCACCAGCGCCUACUACUACAAACCAAGUUGCUGAGUGUGAGAUGGACGCUUUACUGUUGGGAAGAAUAGGGGAAUUGGUAGUAAUUACUCCUAACGAAAGAAAUUGGCGAGGAAUACUUAUAGCGCUAUUGGUUAUAGUAGCUGUAUUGGGUUUAAUUGUAUUUUUCAUAGUCUUAUUAUCACCACCUUACCAAGGUCCUAGAAAUCUUGGAAGUAAAUUUACAAUUGAUCAGAUUAUUGGGGACACAUUCAAAGCACCACCAUUUAAUGGCACUUGGAUAUCAAACGUAGAACUCGUGAUUAGAGAUACUCAAGGUGGCGUCAGCGUUUACAACGUCGAAACAAAUAGACACAGAAUACUCCUUACCAGUUCGUCUUUUAAACGAGUUAAUGCAGUUGAUUUUUAUGUAUCCAGUGAUCAAAACUUUAUAUUGCUUGCAUCAGAAGUAAAAAAGGUGCACACGAACACUCGAGAAGCCAAGUAUCACGUGUUUGAAGUAGCGACUCAAAAUGGUGUAUCAUUGACAAUUGUUCCUAAGUCGGUGGAUGAUAAUGAUGCUAUUUUUGUACAAAAAGUACAAUGGUUACCAACAGGCAAUGGACUUGUAUUUGUAUACAAAAAUGAUUUGUAUUAUAAAAUACAAGCAUCGCGAUCUAGUAGAAUUAUUAGAAUCACAUACUCAGGAUCAUCUGUUAUUUAUAAUGGAAUACCAGAUUGGUUGUAUCAAGAGGAAAUUUUCAAAUCGGAUAAAGCGUUUUGGUUUUCACCGACCGGCAGAUUUAUGGCAUAUGCUUCGUUUAAUGACACUUUAGUCGGCGAAUACAAAUAUCCAGUUUAUAAUGAACGAUCUCAAUACCCAUACUAUCAGUCUUUACGCUACUCCAAGGCGGGAACGCAGAAUCCUAUUGUUACCGUUUGGUUAACAGACUUAAAAAAUGGUAGUGUAAUUAAUGUAACAUCGCUUAACAAACCACAAGCAUUAAAUUUAGAAAGUGAACUUUAUCUUAUGCAUGUUAAAUGGGCUGAUGAUAGACGUCUAGCUGUUGUUUGGAUGAAUAGGAAACGGACUACUAUGGUCAUAUCAGUGUGUUCUGAACCAAAUUGGGAAUGUCAAGAUUCUUAUGUCGAGAAAAUUACCGAUGGACUGGGAUGGCUAGAAGGCACUCAAGUAUUGUUUAAUAAAGAAGGAACCAGUUAUCUAGCCAUUCUUCCUGUAUCGGAUGGACAGCAUGGAACUUUUCCACAUGUUUGUACUAUAAAUGUGUUUACACAAGUAAUGGUUCCAUUAACCACUGGAAGUAUAAGCGUCAUUAAAAUUGUACAGUGGGAUCUACAAAAUCAGCUUAUAUAUUUUGAAGCUGUACCAGAAGGAAAAGCAGCCCAACGCCAUUUAUAUAAAAUAUCUGAUAAUAUCAAUAGUACAGCAAAUUGGGAAUGUCUCACUUGUCCACCAGUUAAUGUGACAAAAAAUGAGACUAAGUCGAAUAUUUCGACAUCGUCAGAUAUAAGUGACUCAUUUCGACUUAGUCUUAAGGGAUUAGAAUCUUCCAAAUUACCACAAGAUUCUUGGCCAGUACGAACAAACUCAUGUUUAUAUGUUCGAACACAUUUUUCUCAGUAUCCAAAUUCAAAAUACUACGUUUUAGAAUGUUUAGGUCCUCAAGUUCCAAAAGUGAUGUUGAUGAAUUUACAAACUAAUCAAAAAGUAAUGACAUUGAACAAUUACACACAAUUAGCGGUCAAAUAUUCUACAAUGGCCAAGCCAAAUAUUCAAAUUAUGCAGGUUGAAAUUGAAAACGGAUUUAUUGCUCAAACAAAACUUAUGUUGCCUCCAGCGUUUAAAGAAUAUGAUGAAACAGCAUUUCCUUUUAUAUUAUACGUAAAAGGAAAACCAGGGUCUCAAUCAGUUACAGAAGAAUGGUCAGUAGAUUGGGCUACUUAUUUGAGUAGCAAUCGGAAUAUAAUUAUAGCCAUAAUUGAUGGCCGUGGCACAUUAGGUCAAGGUGACAGGCACAGACAGUCAAUACAUUAUAAACUUGGCAGUAUAGAUAUUCAAGAUCAAAUAAAUGUUUUAUUGUAUUUGAGAGAUACGCUAAAAUUUAUUGAUCGAGAACGUAUAGGAAUAUGGGGAAAAGGAUAUGGUGGUUAUGCCACUGGAAUGAUUUUGGCCAAUAAACCAUCCGUUUUUAAAUGUGCCUUGUCUAUAGCACCAAUAACAAAUUGGUCACAUUUUGAUUCUGCAUGGACAGAAAAAAUUAUGGGUACUCCCAAUGUAACAGAUAAUUAUCGGGGUUACGAGGAUUCAAAUUUAAAUAAAAAAGCUAAAUAUUUAAAAGAUAAGCUUUUAUUAUUAAUUCAUGGAAGCGCAGAUGAAGUUGUUCACUACCAACAUAGCAUGAUGAUUAUUAAAGCAUUGACAGAAAAUGGAAUAUUAUUCAGACAUCAGACUUAUCCUGAUGAAGGCCAUGAUUUUGAUGGCGUUACAAGACAUUUGUUGCUAUCAAUGGAACACUUUUGGGAUGAAUGUUUUGGACCACUUGAUUUUGACGACUGGGAUGAAAGUCUGAGUUUUUUUACUUUCACCCAAUAGCCCGCGGUUUUGAAUUCUUAUCCCGUUAAUCCAUUAGAAAACGGGUUAAAAAUUCAAAAAACGCACACAAGUAAAAAACAAAAACCACAGGGUGACUAAAUGAAAAACUAAUUUGAUAUUUGCUCAUAAUAAUUUCAUAAUUUGUAAUCGCCAACUACCAUCUAUCAAAUUUCUAUAUCGUUAUAACUUUAAAAGAUUACAACUUUUUCGAGGAAAAAUGAAUGAAGGGUUAGCUGUUAAUAUUAUUUGCAAAUAUUAAAUAACUACUAUUUUUUAUGUAUUAUACUAAAUACAGUGCUUAAUAUUGUAAAUAUUUAUGUUACUUUUAUUAAUAUAAAAAUGUGUUCUUCAUGAAAGAAACUUAAGUUAGAUUAGAUUCGUUUAAAAGUAAUUAUUUAUACAUAAAUUAUAAUUAU